GGGCGGGGCCGAUCAGGGCGAAAGGAAAUCGGUGGAAACGGGCGCGCGCGGGGUCGAUCUGUUCGGCGUGUCGCGGUAGCGGAAGGAAAUUCCUGCACAGAGAUAGAAGAGACUGAGGAGGAGAGAGAGGGGACUGACUAAUGGUGGGUGCCGCAAGCAGGCGUGCCUGGGUUCUGUGGAGAUCUUCGGUUACGGGCAGACAGAUGGGGCUCUCAGGGGAGGGGGCGUCUAUGUCUUAGCGAGUGGGUCGUGUGGAUCCCAUCUGAUUGUGGGAAAUGAGACACGAAAAAGCGGGAAGAAGACGCCGUGCUGUCAAUCAACUUUUUCGCUGCGCGUUGGCGCCCAUAGCACAUGUUUCUGGAGGAGGAAGAACGGGUCGGAAGGAUGGACGUCCUUCUGCUUUGCUGUGGGUCGAUUUGAAUCUGUUUUAUGCCCCCCCCGGGCAGUCAGCGCAGCAUCAAGGAGAAAGAGGGGCUACCGUAGGCGUGGCGGGGUUGCGUUGCCGAAUGUGGUGAAGUCGGGGUUAUUAUCGAGCAAAGGAAGCCCUCUCGGUUGAACGGGUGAGAGAGGGGGGGGCAAAGAGGGCCCGCCGSGGGGGGGGGGGGGCUKGGGGGGGGGGRGGGRGGAGGGACGGACAAGGAAAGGGUAAUCGAAGCGUCGCCGUUAGGGUUAGGGUUCAGCUGUCGCGCUGUGGUGUGGGCGUGUGAUUGGGAGGAGAAGGAGAGAGAGAGAGGGGAACGGGGGGAGGUGGAUUGCGUGGUGUCGUUGAGGAACGCAUUCGCAGCAGGCAGGAGGAGGAGGAGGAGUAGCCGCCCAUGGCUGCGGCUUCGGCGUUGUACAUACUCGAUCUGAAAGGGAGGGUAUUGAUAUGGAGGGAUUACCGAGGGGAUGUACCGGCAUCACAGGCCGAGCGUUUUUUUGCAAAGGUCAUGGAGGGAGAGGGUGAUCCUUCGUCACAUGCACCAGUGAUUUUUGAUGAUGGUGUCACAUACCUUUUUAUACAGCACAACAAUUUGUAUCUAAUGACUGCUACACGGCAGAACUGCAAUGCAACAAGCAUGCUUCUUUUCCUACAUCGAGUUGUUGAUGUCUUCAAACACUAUUUUGAGGAGUUAGAAGAAGAAUCGCUGCGAGACAAUUUUGUUGUUGUGUAUGAGCUCUUAGAUGAAAUGAUGGAUUUCGGCUACCCUCAGUAUACGGAAGCAAGGAUAUUGAGUGAGUUUAUUAAAACUGACUCUUACAGAAUGGAAGUUGUGCAACGGCCGCCGAUGGCAGUCACGAAUGCUGUCUCGUGGCGGAGUGAAGGUAUUCGGCACAAGAAGAACGAGGUCUUCUUGGAUGUUGUUGAGAGCGUGAAUAUCCUUGUGAACAGCAACGGGCAAGUCGUGCGCUCAGAAGUGGUGGGAGCGUUGAAGUUCCGAACUUACCUCAGUGGUAUGCCAGAAUGCAAGCUUGGAUUGAAUGACAGGGUAUUACUAGAAGCGCAAGGUCGUUCGACCAAGGGCAAGGCAAUAGAUCUAGACGACAUCAAGUUCCACCAGUGUGUGCGGUUGGCGAGGUUUGAGAACGACAGGACGAUUUCCUUCAUACCUCCAGAUGGAGCCUUUGACCUGAUGACGUAUCGGCUCAGCACGCAGGUCCGCCCAUUGAUAUGGGUUGAAGCUCAGGUGGAGAGACACUCACGGAGCCGGGUCGAGUACAUGGUGAAAGCUCGAAGCCAGUUUAAGGAGCGAAGCACAGCAACGAGUGUGGAGAUCGAGCUCCCGGUGCCAGCUGAUGCCACUUGCCCUGGUGUGCGUACGUCCAUGGGGACAGCAAUUUAUGCUCCAGAGCGGGAAGCACUUUUAUGGAAGAUCAAAUCGUUUCCAGGGGGGAAGGUGCGGUACCUGAAGAUCAUCGAAAAGAGUGGAUACCAGGCCCUUCCGUGGGUCAGAUACAUUACCAUGGCUGGGGAGUACGAGAUACGCAUGUCGUGAAGCUCAUCGUAGCCCAUCAGGUCAGGUCUGUUUUAUUCGUCGCUGCAGCGUCAUGCACAUUUUGUGCAUGUCUCUGCGGUGCUCUCUCGCUCCUCUUUGCACCGAGGAACUUGUGGAGUGGAUGGCAGCAAUGGCAGUGCUUGUAACAGAAAAGGGAAGGGGAGUAUAAGGUAUUGCAAAGGCAAUGAGGGAUCCCUUUGGCCCCAAAAGAAAGAACUCAGGUGCCAGUACUGUUGGAACGUGCAGAGUGGGGACCAGAGACUAAAAUGCAGCAUGGAAGUUUGUUCACGGCCUGCCAUGCAUAAGCAGUGAAAUGUAGGAGGCCGUAUGAUGGCUCCAUUCUAUGGGAUUUUGAGCUGAUGGUGGAGGCACCAAUGUCCCUUGCAUCUUUGGGGGAAAGGAGGGGGUGGGAGUGUGGGGGGGGGGGGGGGGGGGGGGGGGGGGGGGGGGGGGGGGGGGGGGGGGGGGGAGGGAGGGGAGGGUGUGGAUGAUUUCUUUUAAUUCAAUGUUUGAACCGAAUAAGUGCACUCAUGUGUCUAUUUCUGUUGUGGAGGUUUGGGUGGCAUAUGAAUGAAUGAGAGAGUGCUCUCUGCCUUGGAAGUCAGUUUUUUUGGUUAGGCUGGCAAUCUCAGGCAGGCUGGUAAUGUGAUGUUUGUGCUGCAGGCAUGAAACAUUGUCAGGGAACAAAGUGGAGGGAAGGUAGGGAAGCAGGGGGUGAAAUAGGAAGGGGCUAGCAAUAAGGGUCAGUAGUUGUAGUGGCCAGCUCGGCAAUGGCUUGAAUCGAACGGAUUGUUAUCCGGUACGAGCGUGGAAAGGUAGUCUUGUAUUUGUCCUGUUCUUUAUAAAGUAUAGCUUCUCUUCGGCUCGAGAGAAGUUUGAUCUCAUAGUAGUCUCCAGGUUGCAAUAGGGUGAGUUGUGGGUUCAACAAGCGCACCAUUGGUUGUGGUACUGCUUAGCAGACCAGCUUCACGAGGAAAGCUCGUUACCGAAUCACUUCUGGUCUGAGGGUGUGUGCAGCUUGUCUGUGUGUGAGCGUGUGUGUGUGUGUGUGUGUGUGUGUGUGUGAGAGAGAGAGCAAUGCACACUUUGAGGUUUAGGGUUUGUGUUUACCAAAGCAAAUGCGGCCUGCACACUGGUACGGUACGGCAAGCUCGUGUGUUCUGGAUGGCAAGGCAAAUAGAUUUCAGUUGAAGGAGUGGUGUGUUUACAGAGCGCUACUUCUUCAGGUGGUGAGAGCCUUCCAUCAAGGAUGGUGUGGAGGGAAGUGCUGGUCCUCCUUUGGGAUGGACUUCCUUUGGGAUGGACUGGCGCUGCCCGCUUGAACUCUCUGCGUGCCCUUAUAUAUUUUGGCAGUUGUAUGUUCCAUAUUUUAUGGCGGUUCGCAAUGGUGUUUGCCCCUUUUUCUUUCCCAUUUCAAUCACGCUGCUUUUUCAUCUCUGGGCAUGCUAGGUUAUCACUGUAGUUGAACACUUCCAAGCUGUUAGUUAGUGAAGAAGAAACCAGAAUAUGGAAACAACGGUGCCAGAAAUAGUCAAAUAGGGGUAUGCAUCCUUUUUUUAAGGGAAUAUAAAAGCUUUCUCACGACCCUCCACUGACUCGCUUUGUCUGGGUGUUUUUCGAGCAAAAAUGGCAUGCGGGUGCAUCCCACUAGACAUGGUUCAUUACUCGCCGCGUUUGAACUUCUUUUUGUUGUCAUGGUCAAUUUGGGAAUGGAGGCAUUUAAUCCGGUCUUUUUUUUUGACAGCAGACUGUUAAUUCUGCAAUGACAGGCAUGAGCAUGUGCUCACAAAUGAUUGGCUAACCAUGGACGUGCACCUGCUAGGGCCACAAAGGUUGUGUGUGCAGCAGGCUUCUUUUCCGUUUUGGCCCUAAAGAGAUGCGAGAAGUUAAAAUGAACCUCAACUUGAAAU